AUGAAAAUUGUCUAUUGUAUUUUAUGCUGUGUCAUAUCAUAUAAAUGUUUGGCUCAGUUGGAAACUCGAGUUUGUGGACCAAGUUUAUCGCAACUACUGGAAACUGUAUGCGUAAAUGGAUUUAAUGCGAGAGUAACCAAAAAAUCCAAUGUGAAUUUAAAUCUACCAAAUGCCAAAAAACUGAGUGAUACAAUGCUGCCAUAUAAUCCAAUGUCACACAUACUCUUUAAUAAACGCACUGACACCAUGGCCAAGGUACGCAAGGAGCGUUUGUACACAGGUGUUUACGAUGAAUGUUGCCUCAAAACAUGCAGCUUGAAUGAAAUUCUUGGCUAUUGUCUAUAA